CCGGUUUGUUGCCAAUUCUCUCAUUCUUUACCAUAAACCACUCAACAAGACGCAAACAUGGUUGGAUACGGUCGUUUUCAGAUGGCGGGGAGCCUUGCUCUCAUGAGCGGUUUUCAAGCACUCGCUCAACAAGUCCCGCUCGGCCUUAAUCAGGACGAAAAGCCGAUGGUCAUCGCCGGCCGGCCGUUGGUCGAUACUGAAGCUCUCCAGGACAGCAUCAAGACAGACAAUCUCCUCGCUCGUGCGAAGGAAUUGUAUGAGAUUGCGAAGCUAGGAGAGGACGAGUAUAACCACCCGACUCGUGUGAUCGGAAGUGAAGGUCACCUUGGCACGCUCUCUUACAUCUACUCUUCUCUAGCGGAACUCGGAGAUUACUAUACUUUAUCAAACCAGACGUUCCCUGCUGUCACUGGUCGGGUCGCUGAAUUUCGUCUCGUGUUAGGAGAUCAGGUGCCUGGAUCGGCAUCAGCCAUGGGCUUAACUCCUCCAACGAAGGACAAAGAGCCGGUGCAUGCAGAUAUUGUCAUCGUCAAGAACAGCGGGUGCAAGUCAUCCGACUUUCCGGCUGAGGUUGCCGGCAAUAUCGCUUUCGUCGAACGUGGCACAUGUGCUUUCGGCGUGAAAUCCGAGAAUGCUGGAAAGGCAGGCGCCGUAGCAACCGUCAUUUUCAACAAUGAUGAGGGACCUCUUCAUGGAACCUUGGGAACGCCAUCUCCAUACCAUGUCGCCACUUUCGGUCUAUCAGACAGCGAUGCCGCACCUGUUCUCAAGAAGCUCGCGAAGGGCGAGCGAGUUGAUGCUAUUGCUUAUAUCGAUGCCGAUGUCACGACUACAUACACCGACAACAUCAUCGCUCAGACCGUUCAAGGUGACCCCGAUAACUGUGUAAUGCUUGGCGGUCACAGUGACAGCGUUACGGAAGGCCCUGGUAUCAACGACGAUGGGUCUGGCAGCUUGAGUGUUCUCGAGGUCGCCAAGCAACUGACCAAAUUCAAUGUCAACAACUGCGUACGUUUCUCCUGGUGGGCUGCUGAGGAAGAAGGUCUCCUCGGAUCCGAUCACUACGCAGCUACGCUUUCCCCGGAGGAAAACCUAAAGAUCCGCCUAUUUAUGGACUACGACAUGAUGGCAAGCCCAAAUUUCGCUUACCAGAUCUAUAACGCCACGAACGCUGAUAGCCCAACCGGUUCUCAGGAGCUGCGGGAUUUAUACGUUGACUGGUAUAAAUCCAAGGGUCUCAACUAUACUUUUAUCCCGUUCGAUGGUAGAAGUGACUACGAUGGUUUCAUUCGUGCUGGUAUUCCAGCUGGCGGUAUCGCUACCGGCGCUGAGGGUGUCAAGACGAAAGAGGAAGAGCAGAAGUUUGGCGGGAAGGCAGGAGAUUGGUUUGAUCCUUGCUACCAUCAGUUGUGCGAUGAUGUCAGCAAUCUCAACCUUACCGCUUGGGAGGUCAACACGAAACUCAUUGCUCAUUCUGUAGCGACCUAUGCCGCGUCCUUCGAUGGCUUCCCAAAGCGGACUCCCGUGAAGAGCGCUGCCACUGGAGGUUAUGGAGAGAAGACCAGAUACCACGGUUCUAAACUUUUCAUCUAGAUAUGACGACUGAUAAGAGAGUUACGCUACCUCUUUACACGUCUAACGUGGUUUCAACUCCACUGAGCUCAAGUGGUACGAGCUAGAGUAGAUUGUAAUGAAAUUUUAUCAAGCUUGA